UGGCUGAUCUCUUACGUUGACCGGUCAUGUCGUCCGGAGACCGAGGCGCUCAUCUUUGCCAAUUGGGAGACGGCGACCCACGGCGAGGCUGCGUCGGAGGACCAGGAGAGCCAGAUGACGCUGAUGAACGCUUUUGCUCGCGAGGCGAAGAGAUUGCCCCUGCCGCCAUCGCAGCACCCCGAAGUCGCAGACAGCAUGGCGGCGAGUCCGGGCGAUAUCACAUUCGGGGCCGUGCAUGAGAGGACCGCAGCGAUGAUGCGACGGGCCCGGGUUCUUCAUGUCCCCGUUCUACCGAACGAUGGGAUCUCGAUCCCCUUUGGCAUGUUCAUCUUCAGACUGGGAGGGCAACACGCAGAGGACCAGGACACAGUGAGAACAGACGAGGGCCUCACAACAGGCUUGCGCUGGGGUCAUUUGGAACCUGCGCAUCUCGCGAUUGUUCGGGCACGAACACCUUAUCCACGUCUAGAACGAACCAUGGCAAUCAUGCCCAACGUUGGAAUAUUCUCGGACGGACAGGAAGAUCCGAUCGCAUGGGCACUGAUAGGAUUGGACGGCAGCUUGACGUCGCUGCACGUCGAAGCAGACUGGCGGAGACGAGGUCUGGGGGUUCUCACAGCUCAAAAGAUAUUUCGUGAUGGCAUGGAGGUCUUUUGGGCGAAUGACGAGGCCUCCGGCCCACGCUUCGCACAUGCCUACGUCGCGAAAGGGAAUAUCGCGAGCGAAAAAUUACUGCACAGUGCCAAAGGCGCAUUGGGAUGGAAUGUGCAUUGGAUUCAUACAAAUCUG